AGUAAACACCUGCAUGAUAAAUGGCAAGUACUCAAUGAGUUGCGAGUCAUCGUGAAGACGUUAUUUUCGAUUGAACAAGUUAUCGUAUAGUAUAUAUAAAAAAUGGCUACUUAUUUUGGAGAGGUUGUAUUCCCAUCAUCUCGAGCAUUUUGGGAUGAAUAUGAAGGAGAAGAAUCAAUUGAUGAAUUGCAAGAUGAACCGCAUAUCAAUAUAAUAUGGCUAAAGGAUAAACCAACAUCUAUGAAAAAAUUUGUACUAGUAGAAGGAGAGAUUAUAAUUGAUUUUUUAAAAGAAUUCUUGUGCCAUGAUUCUGAGAAAAUAUGUGCUAUUCAAAAUGAGUAUAAUAAGGAACUUGCUGUGAUUUAUCAAGUUAAUGAAGAAGAUUUAUAUAUUUGUAUUAUAGCACCCAGCUUCGAUACAAAAAUUGCAGGAGACUUUAUAAUAAAGAUAAGUGAUAUUUUAUCCAUUUGUAAAAGCAUAUAUUUAAUAUCUUGGAGACAUGUAUCGCAUUAUAAAAGUGCAAAUAUACCAGCUGUACCUUCUUUUCUACGAUGCUUAUAUACAAAGAGUGGAAAUAAUCUUUGUAAAUCGCACAAAGAACUUUUAGAGCAACCAAACAUUAUAUAUGGAGUUGCUGCAGGAAUUUUAUCUUAUGCUCAAAUGAUGGACUUCCAAUCUGUUCUUUAUGUUUUAUAUACAGACACCUUUGUAUUAGAUUCUAUAGCAGCAAAACCACUUAUUGAAAUAUUUGCAGAAAUAAGUAAUCAAAUUCUACACAAUAUUUCAUUUGCUGGAAAGAGUUUCUUUAAUAAAGGAAAUCUUUACAUGUAAA